AUGACCAGGUAUUAUAUAAGCGAUACUUACUAUAGAAGUGGUGGACCGGUGUUCCUACUGAUGGGCGACGAAGAAGCUUUAGACCCGAAUCUCUUUAUGACUACACAAAUGAGCACAAACUUCGCCCAACAGUUCAACGCAUUGGCCAUAACUCUUGAGCACAGAUAUUAUGGACAGUCUAUGCCGACACCCAACUUAUCCGUCUCUAACCUCCGCUACCUGACCAUCGAUCAGGUGCUCAGGGAUGUGGCGACUUUCAUCGACUAUUUAACGACAAAUCUUUCACUGAAUGGCAGUAAAUGGGUUGUGUUUGGGGGUUCAUAUGGCGGUACAUUAGCCGCACUGGUUAGGGCCACGUAUCCAAAUAAGACAGCCGGUGCUGUAGCCUCGAGCGCGCCCAUGGAGUUUGUCUACGAUUUUAAGACCUAUUUGAAAGCCGUUAGCAAAUCAUUGGGUACCCAAUGUUCCCAAUAUUUUGGUGAAGCGACACAAGAAUUGGAGGAGGAGUUCAAAAGUCCUGAGGGUUGGUAUACCAUUCAACAGCAGUUCAAUUUGUGCGACCCGUUCAAUGGCACCGACACUCUCGAUGUCUAUCAAUUCAUGGAUCAGUUGACCAACAAUAUUAUGGGUGCCGUUCAAUACAACAAUUUAGGUCUUUAUCCCUCCAUCGACACCAUGUGCUCCAUAAUGGCCAACACGUACGGCAACUCACGACCACUGGACAGGUAUAUCCGGGUUUUCAAUCUAUUCUCAGGUGGUUCACAAUGUAAUGACUUUGAAUACGAUGACAAUAUUGAGUUGAUGAAGCAAACAGGUCUGACUGAUCAGGCUUCCACAAGUGGAGACAGACAAUAUUUAUACGAGUCGUGCAAUCAGUUGGGAUGGUUUCAGACGACUGACCUCCGAAAAGGACAGCCAUUUGGUAAUGACAUUCCCAUUAAACUGUAUGCCAAACAAUGCGCUGAUAUAUUUGGGCCCAAAUUCACGGCACACACCAUAAGACUGAAUGUGAAGAACACGAACAGGUCUUAUGGUAUUCGCAAUAUUAAUAUCACAAACACGGUGUUCAUCAACGGCUCAAUAGAUCCGUGGCGUGUGAUUGGUGUACUCCAUGACAUUAAUAAUAGCACCCGGGCUAUACUUAUCAAAGGUACGUCCCAUUGUCAAGAUAUGUUGGAGUCGGCCCCUACAGACCCGCCAAGUUUAGUGAAGGCCCGGCAUAUGAUUGUACAGCAAUUGAAAUCAAUUGGUAAAAAUAAGUGA